AUGAACCGGAGUUUCCACAAGUCUCAGACCCUGCGCUUCUACGACUGCAGCGCGGUGGAAGUCAAGAGCAAGUUUGGGGCUGAGUUCCGAAGGUUCUCCUUGGACCGUCACAAGCCGGGGAAAUUUGAAGACUUCUACAAGCUGGUUGUGCACACGCACCACAUCUCCAACACUGAUGUGACCAUCGGCUAUGCCGACGUGCACGGGGACCUGCUGCCCAUCAACAACGAUGACAACUUCUGCAAGGCGGUCUCAAGUGCAAACCCUCUGCUCCGGGUCUUCAUCCAGAAACGAGCGAGCGCGCUGCUAUGGCGCGCCUGCACGGGACAGAGCAGCCUCGGGGUCACUCGCAGAGUGACAGCUACUGCUCACGGUGGGGAGAGGGGGCCUGAGCACACACUGGGGGCAGUAGCCACAGUGUUCGGGGCAGGAGGAGGUGUUCUCCAGGCGCCAAACCCCACGGUCCCCAGGCUGCCCUGGCCGUCCAAGGUCGUGGUGUUUGCUCACAAG